AUGCCUGGCUCCACGUUAGAAGGCUUCAACUCCAUCCCGGAGACCAUCGAGGCGUUCCACGUGCGCCGCGAGGACGUGGGAGAGUUGCUGCGCUGGAUACUGCUGACAGUCCCCGAUCCCCCCGCAGGCGAUGGCCAGUUUAUUGUCGUCAUGGACGACCCAGGCCGCGAGAACGAAGGCGACCUCAUCGUUGCCGCCGAGAACGUCUCCACCGAGCAGAUGGCCUUUCUAAUCCGCCACUCGUCUGGCAUUAUCUGCGCACCCAUCCUGCCGACCCGUGCCGACCGCCUGGCCCUGCCCCCGAUGGUCCCCAACAACGAGGACCCCCGCGGCACCGCCUACACGCUGACCAUUGACGCCUCCGACGCCGUUGUCUCCACCGGCAUCAGCGCCCACGACCGCGCCCUGACCUGCCGCCGCCUGGCCCAGGACGACGCCGAGCUCGAGGCCGUUGUGGCUGCCGAGGCCCAGAAGGCCAACGGCAGCACCAACGGCAACGGCCACGCGGCGGCGCCCAUCUCGGCUGCGGCCGCCUUCCGCCGCCCCGGCCACGUCCUUCCCCUGCGCGCCCGCCACGGCGGCGUCCGUGAGCGCAGCGGCCACACCGAGGCCGCCAUCGACUUCUGCCGCCUCACCGGCAAGCGGCGCGCGGCCGUCAUCUCCGAGCUGGUCGACGACGGCGAGCCGGUCCCUGGCCAGGCCCUGCACCGCGGCUCGGGCAUGCUGCGGGGCGGAGGCUGCAUUGCCUUUGCGCAAAAGUACGGUCUCAAGAUCUGUACCAUCACCGACCUGGCUGCCUACCUGGACAAGACGCACCCGACCGGCCCCUUCCCGGGCCCCCAGGUCGAUGAGGUGUAG